UCCUUGCUCUCUCUCUCUCUGCAGUAACAGCAGUAGAAGCUGCUGAGCUGCAACACUUUAGAGAAACUCUUCAGAUGAGCUGCUGUGUGCUGGAAGAAGAAAAUAGUUCAUUUUUAAAAAAUUAAUAUAUAAAUAUAAUUUAUUGUGCAUCAUGAAGGAACUCUCUCCUGACACCUUGUUGCUGUCUUUUGCACAUUUUUGCUUCCUCAGUAGUUUUCUAUGCGGGGCUCGCGCUCAGGAGGCCACAGGUGAUGAUGAUGCUCUCCGGCGGGGGUUGACAUGGCAACAUAACGGGCAGGUUUUCAGCAUCCUGAGCCGCGGCUCUCAAUACCGUCCGUCAGCUAGGAGGCGAGUCGGGUCACCCCGCCGCGGUAACCCUGUGGUCGUCCUCAGCAGCGCUAACGACACGGUCCCCGCAGCGUCCCGGGGCUCCCCGCGGGUCCCUGCCGCCAGCAGCGCUGCGGCAUUACGCGCACUGACGCGUCAGCAGCAGCGACCGGCGCCCGGCAGCGAAGGAGACUCUGCACCGGUCAGAAGGGAGGACAUGAUGGUCGGGGACGAUCCGUACAACCCGUAUAAGGAUUCCAACUAUUACCCCUAUUACAACUACUAUAACUCUUACUACAGACCCAGACCAAGGGCUCACCACCGGCACGGAUACGGAACCAGCUACCACCAGAACGGUCUCCCCGAUCUGGUUCCUGAUCCAUACUACAUCCAGGUCGCCUCUUAUGUCCAAAGGAUGGCCAUGUACAACCUCCGCUGUGCCGCUGAGGAGAACUGCCUCGCCUCUUCAGCUGCUUCCUCUCAGGAUUAUGACACCCGGGUUUUGUUGAGGUUCACGCAAAGGGUGAAGAACCAGGGAACAGCUGACUUCCUGCCCAGUAAACCUCGAUACUCCUGGGAGUGGCACAGCUGUCAUAAUCACUUCCACAGCAUGGACGAGUUCAGCUUGUACGAGCUGCUGGACUCGAGCACUCACGCGCAGGUAGCCGAGGGCCACAAGGCCAGCUUCUGUCUUGAAGACACUUCCUGUGACCCGGGAUACUACCGCCGCUUUGCCUGCACCUCACACACUCAGGGUUUGAGUCCCGGUUGUUAUGACACUUACAGCGCUGACAUCGACUGUCAGUGGAUCGACAUCACUGACGUCUCGCCUGGAAAAUACAUCCUCAAGGUAACCGUGAACCCCAGGCAGCAGGUUCCAGAGUCCAACUUUAACAACAACGUGGUUCGCUGUGACGUCCAGUACACCGGCACCGCCGCUCACAUCUCCGGAUGCACCACAACAUCCUACUGAGAUCAACUCCGCAUCAUGUGCUUGAACACAAACGUUGGAGAUGCUGCAGAAGAAUGAAGAUUACAGUUACUAGUGUCUUUGAUAAUUUGGUUAAAGAAAAGUUAUGUGGGCAGCAUUAAGGGACUUUGGUGAGUUUAGAUGUUGAGUAAUUGUUAAGUUAUGUUAAAAGUUACGGACUAGGGUUGCACCAGCUUUUUGUAACUCCAUCAUCUAUCUGGUAUGUAGUCAAAUUUUUCCCCUUUUUAAAUUAAACAUUGCAUUGUAUCAUGAGCCGUUAUCAAAUAUGCACUCCUGAAAGUAUCUAGAUCAUUUCAGGAGGACUGCGAGGGGUCUCCUGAUG